AUGCCUCUCCCCGGUCGUGAAAAAGGUCGUCCCAGAUCGCGCAGGUCGGAUGAUGAGUUUGUCGUAUUCCUUCAAGGCAUUCCACCUCAUUGCCGCUGGCAAGAACUCAAAGAUCUCGUACGCCAAACUGCACUGCAUAUUCGCCAAGCAGUAGUAUACGAUGACAGCCAUGGAUUCCCCACCGGACUCGGCCAAAUCAUCGUCAAAAAUGAAGACGAGGCCUGGCGAACGUACCAUCGCCUUUCCACCAGCGGAUGGGACGGCCAGAGUCUGGUCGUCACACUCUCGCGGACCAGUACGCCAACAAAGCCCAUCGCCGGACCUACCAGAAGUCCAGCAAUGAUGCCUACAGGCUACAUCUCUGGCCACUCCACACCUCCCUUAGUCCAUGGAAAUAUGGCAAUGCCCCCAUCACCCGUCUCACCAGAAUCUUCCAAUCCCUCCACUCCACCAUAUCCAUACCCAGAAUCCACACGCCCCACCAAUGCAAUGCUACCCCCAUCCCCAGUAAUGGACGGCACAAUGUACGAGCCGCAUUGGAACAUGAUGCCAGGCUACCAGAUGUCCCCACCACAGACCUACCAACACUACCACCCCCACACCAAAGGCACGAACCCCAACUCUCCAUCUUUCUACCCAGACCGACGAGCCAUCACAAUCGAGAACCUGAGCGCGACUACUACAUGCGCCGAUCUAAAAACCCUUCUGCAGACAGCCGGCACUGUGCAGAAAUGCAGCAUUGUCACUACGGACUCGGACUCGGUCGAUGACAAUGGCAAUGGCAGUGGCAAUGGCCAGCUCCGCGGGUUGAUCAUAAUGCAAACAGCGGAUGAGGCCCAGUGCGCUGUGACCAUGUUCAAUAAUUUGAGUUUUAUGGGGUCGCGGAUUAGAGUGAAGGUUGAUCGUCGUUCACAUCUUGCGCGGGCUGUUAGCUUUGAUGGCGGUUUUCCUGGCUCAGACACCGCGGGUUCGGUGCCAGACAAUGGGGAUACGUGUCAGUCGUGGGCGGAUGAGAUGACUGCUGAGGCUCAUGCUGUUGAUGUCUGUAAGCCGUUGGUGAUAGAUGGGUCUGGGUUGAAUAGGUCCAUUGAGAUUCUAUCGACGUCUGCACCGACGUGA